UGCAAGUUUGUGAUAGCAAAAUUAAUUCGACUACUAUCCGCGUAAUAGCAAGCUAGCGUGCACUGGUUUUAUAUCUGUACAUGUAGCUAGCUAGCGAUCUGACCUUUCGCGGUUUAGGGAAUACUAAGCGCAUGCGAACCAUCCUUUUCUCAACGAUCAUCAUAAUGGCUGGGCGUUCUUUCAAAAUUCGCCAAUUAGCAGCUGUCUUAUUUAUUCUGUCUGCACUGGCGGAAGUGACUUCUGCUGCUGUUAAUCCUCGACUAAUUCCACCCCUGGCAAGAAGAAAAUCCUUGCCUCUGCCGGCAAUAAAGAGCAAUUCCUCCAACCCCGUGGUCAGCAUGCAGGUUAAACGCUUCUACAGCAGCAAGAACUGCGACCCCGGAUUGCCUUUUGGAUAUGCAAAGUGUGAUCCUCUCUUUGAUAUCACGUAUUCGUGGACGGAUCCUAAUGGAGUUGUGCAGUCAAGCCGAGGCUAUUACGACGGCGGUGAGGACGUAAACCAGAUUGUGUUUCCUCCGCAAGUGGGCCAUUCGGCGCUGGCAGUGAAGGGAUCUUUGGCACGAGUGCAUAUCGUCGCCACGGAUGAAGAUGUCAACUUCCACGAUUCCAUUGGCACCUUCGACUUCACCUACUCUGUUCCGUAUCAGCCGACUGUGCCGCAGGUGAUAACCGCCCACGACUCUACUGCUGAAAUGGUGGUAGAAUUUAGUGUUCGCUUUUAAUUGCACAACUACCGACUAUAUUCUUACUCAAGUAAAAGAUGACUUCUUUUAAAUGCUCAUUACAUACAGAAACAAUACCGCGUAGUACAUGCAUCGACAAUUAUACUGUACGACAUAUAUAUGCGGACCACAUUUAAAAAGGCUUGUGCGAAUGCUGUGCCAGUAAUAAGUACCUUCGUUUUCUGUUAUCACAAUAACCGAUGGGAUUCCAAAACAAUAAAACACGAUCCUGGCGCUGCGCCAUACAGUAAAA